AUGGAGCUGGCGAUGGAGAACCUGGGCAGCCUGCACGGAGUCCCGCACUCGCAGCCCGCCGAGCUGCUGAGCCCCGCGCACGGGCGGCAGAGCUCGCACCGCAACCUGGUGCCGCACGGCCGGCCCGCCAUGGUCUCGGGCAUGGCCUCCAUCCUGGAGGGGGGCGACUACCGCGGCGAGCACAGCCUGGGAGCCCCGCUGCACCCCGCCAUGAGCAUGUCCUGCGAGUCGCCCUCCGGCAUGAGCCUGAGCAGCACCUACACCACGCUGACUCCCCUGCAGCACCUGCCGCCCAUCUCCACCGUCUCGGAGAAGUUCCACCACCCGCACCACCACCACCACCACCACCACCCGCACCAGCGCCUGGCCGGCAACGUCAGCGGCAGCUUCACCCUCAUGCGCGACGAGCGGAGCUUGGCCUCCAUGGGCAACCUCUACAGCCACUACCCCAAGGACAUGCCGGCCAUGGGGCAGCCCCUGUCGCCGCUGCCCAACGGGCUGGGCAGCCUCCACAACGCCCAGCAGCCGCUGGCCCCCUACGGCCCCGCCGGCCACUUGCCCAACGAGAAGAUGCUCUCGCCCAACGGCUUCGACUCUCACGCCGCGAUGCUGUCCCGGGGCGAGGAGCACCUGGCGCGGGGGCUGGCGGCGCCCAGCUCGGCCAUGAUGCCGCCGCUCAACGGGAUGCACCCGCACGGGCACCCGCACGGGCAGCCCGGAGCCUCGCUGCUGGGCGAGCGGGAGCGCCCGGCGCCCGGCCCCGGCUCCCAGCCCGGCGGCUCCGGCCAGGUGGAGGAGAUCAACACCAAGGAGGUGGCCCAGCGGAUCACGGCCGAGCUGAAGCGGUACAGCAUCCCGCAGGCCAUCUUCGCGCAGAGGAUCUUGUGCCGCUCCCAGGGGACCCUCUCGGACCUGCUGCGGAACCCCAAGCCCUGGAGUAAGCUCAAGUCCGGCCGGGAGACUUUCCGCAGGAUGUGGAAAUGGUUGCAGGAGCCGGAAUUUCAGAGGAUGUCGGCGCUCAGACUGGCAGCCUGCAAGCGCAAGGAGCAGGAGCAGCAGAAGGACAGGAGCCUGCAGCCCAAGAAGCAGCGCCUGGUCUUCACGGACCUGCAGCGCCGCACCCUGAUCGCCAUCUUCAAGGAGAACAAGCGCCCGUCCAAGGAGAUGCAGAUGACCAUCUCCCAGCAGCUGGGCCUGGAGCUCAACACCGUCAGCAACUUCUUCAUGAACGCCCGCCGGCGCUGCAUGAACCGCUGGCAGGAGGAGCCAGGCGCCAACCCCGGGGUCCCCUCGUCGUCUACAAGCACUUUCUCCAAAGCAUGAUGAUGUCCCCCAGCCCUCCCUGCCCCUUCCUGGAUGUCCCCCUCAUGACAAAGCCAACCCCAGACUCACACGCAUGGCCUGACCGGGGUGGGUGCUUUUGGGGUGGGUUUGUCAGCCUCCCAAACCCUCAGCUGGGUGUCACCCAUGGGCGUGGGCCUCGGGCCACCUCCUGCUGCCACCUCCUGCUGCCACCUCCUGCUGCCACCUCCUGCUGCCACCUCCUGCCAGCUCGUGGAGCAGGGACAGGGUUUGUGGCCAGGUCAGCUCCGUCCCCGGGAGGGCUCAGAGGAAGCCCGUGGGUGGUGUGGGAUGGAGGGAGGAGCAGGGCUCUGUUGGAAGGAAGCACCCCUGGUCCUUGGGGGUCACAGAGCCUCGUCUCCCCCUGCCCAGGAAGGUUUUUGGGGAGAGGGGCCUGUCCUGACCUGGUCUCUGUCACAGCCAUCCUUGUGGCUCCCCCGGGGCAGGGGUAGAGGUGGGGGUGACACAAGAAGGGGUGUCACAGGCUGGGCUCUGGCACAGCCCCACUGUGCCACAGCCUGGCGUGGUUCAAAGGGGACUGAGCAGGGGAAGAGCUCCCAGUGCCUGGAGGGCUCCCGGGCUCCUGCCAGCUGAUUGCUGGAGGUUUUCCCCUGCUCAGGGGUUCCCCAAGGCAGCCAGACCCUCUGUGCCAUCACCCCAUGCCACUUCCACCCCUUGAGGGUUUUGGAAACCUGGCUGACAACAUCCCUGUUCCCCCCUUCCCUCUAUGGGCAUCCCGGCCACCCCCAGGAGCACCCACACCCCAGGCCCCUCCCAGCCCCCCACCCACGAGAGCACCCCGCUCCCAGAUCCCUCCCAGAGAAGCCCCACGGUGAAGGAGUCCCCUCCUGCCUCCAGGGACCCCCGCCCCGAGGGGACCCCCGCUGCUCCGCGCCGCCUGGCGCCCCAGCAGGUCACAGAAGCACAUUUUAGCUACAGAAAUCGGGUAUUUAAAAUAACAAUUGUUGGAAAGGAGACGGGAGGAGAGACUCGGAGUGAAGGAUCUGAUCUGUCCCGGUGACUGGCUCCACCUUUCACCUCUGGAUUUCUGCUUCACUUUCCGGCUGAGGAAUGGACACAGACAAAGCAGAAUUGUUGGCUUUGCCUCUCGCCCCAUCCACCCCUCGACACACACUCUUGCCCCUUCCCAUCCCUCCUCUUCAUCUCUGUUACCAAAGAAAUUACAAAACCAAAAACGCAACAACAACAACGACAACCAAAAAAAAAAAAAAAAUUCCCUCCUGGGAACCAACGUCGGUGCACGGUGGGAAAGAAAAAUCCGAGGGAUCUGGUGGCAAAAUCCAGCCCUGGGUGUGAGAAGGGGGAAAACUCCCCAACGAGAUUGAAAGGGAAAAAAAACCAACUCCCUCCUCCAAAAAAAGGAAUAACAACAGAAACCACAACCAAACAAGCUCAACAAAGACCGGCAACUUACCAAAAAGACACCAGAUUUUUUUUUUUUUUUUUGUGCCAAUUAACAACCUGCCUUAAACUCGAAUUUCUGGAGCAAUGGUACUUAGCUUCAAAGGGAUCGUUUCCUCCGAGCUCUCGAUGGUGACUUGUGCCAUAUAAAAAAGCAAUCACGAGGCCAAACCCUUACAAUCAGCCCUCUCCCAGCCCCCCGAGGGCUCCCUGCAGCCCGGCUGUCCUCGGGAGGAGCAGGAGAUGCCACUGGGAACUGGGAAGGGCUGGGAGAGGCUUGGGGAUGAACGGGGAGGCAAGGUCCCCUUCUUCCCCCACCAGUUGGGGAAAAAAAAAUCCUCCAAAACCAACCAUCAACCAAAAAAAAAAAAAGGGACACUUGAAUUUAUGCGGGUAAAAAGUACCAUCUGUGUUCUAUGGUUUCUUCGAUUCACUUUACUUUGAGAGUGAUCAGUUGUGUCACAGGAAGGCACCUUGUUGAAAAGAAGGAAAAAAAAAAAGAGAAAAGAAAAGAAAAGGGUAUGUGUUCACCAAAAAACUAAAACAACCAAAAACCAAAACCAAAAAAAAAGCACCCCCAAAAUAAAAGAAAAAAGAAAGGACAAAAGAAAGAAGAGAGAAAGAAAAAAGCCCUGCACACGAAGCCCUGAGCGGGCAGGGUCAGAGGACGCCUUGAACCAAAGAGCUGCUGGGGUAGGUGGGCGGUGGAGGGCUGGGGGUGUCAGGCUGGACACGGCCACACCAAACUGACCAACAGUGCUGGACAGAGGGCGGGACAGAGGGAGGAGAGAGGGCACAGCGGGGAGGGGCAGGUGCCACAGCGUGUUUUGCCAACCAGAACCCAAAACCUCACGGGAAUCUCAUCCCCCCCAGGACCCCGCUCCCCGCCACUGAUUUUUUCCCCUAAUGUUGUUUCUUCGUCUUGUCGUGACGUGGUGAUGAUGGUGGUGGAUUCCUGAACCCCAUCGAGUAGUAUUCAAGGGCUGCAAAGCCAGGAAGGGGGCCUUGGUUUGGGAAGUGAAAAACACAACA